AAUAACUGAUGGACAUGUUUUUCAAAAUGCACUUAUUUUACCAUCACUUAAAAAUUUUAAUUUAAAUACACCACCUGGUGUUAAACUUCUAUUAAAACCAAAAACAAAAAUUUUAAAUGGAUUUUAUAUAUUAAAUGAUCAAACAUGUGAAGUACUUGGUGGAACAGUAAAUAAACUUGUUCAUAAAUGGAAAUUAAAUAAACUAAUGGAUACAAAUGUUCGAACCUUAAUUGGUGAAGAAGCACCACUACCUUGGGCUCCAUUUAGUACUACACAUACAUUAGCAACGACAGUUGAUACUUCUAAACGUUCGAUGGAUGUAGUUAAAAUACAAGAAAUUCAUGAAGAAGAUCCUGAAUAUAUUCGUCAACGUCGUGCUACUAUUGAUAAUCUUCUUACUGGUCGUAUAUCGAAAAAACGAAGAAUUGCUAAACGAAAAGUUAUCAAUGUACCAAAACCGAGAAAAAAAUCGAUUACACCUAAAGCAAUUACGAAGCAUAAAAAACGAGUACAAUCGAAUCGUAAAAAAAUUUCCAAACGUAAGCUUCCCGAUGAUGAUAAUCGAUCAAAACAAGGCGAUGGUUCCGGAUGUAAACGACAACGUCGAGGACGUGCUGUGGGUGGACGCAAAAAGAUACGUCCAAUUAAAAAUAUUACUCCAGUUGAUUCUUUUGCUUGA